AUCCGAGGCACGAUGCCAGGGAAACGCCCAGCGAAGAAGAGCCUGGUGCCAGAAGAAGAGUCUCCUGAACCGAAGAAGAUCAAAGUCUGCCACUCGUCCCAUCGCACGCAGCCUGGGCUGGUGCUGACGCUGGGGCAGGGGGAUGUGGGUCAGCUGGGCCUGGGGGAGGACGUGAUGGAGAGGAAGAAGCCGGCUCUGGUGACGCUGCCGGAGAUGAUGGUGCAGGUGGAAGCAGGGGGGAUGCACACGGUGUGCCUCAGCCAGACGGGAAAGAUCUACACCUUUGGCUGCAACGAUGAAGGUGCCCUCGGGCGUGACACCUCGGCCGAAGGGUCGGAGGCCACGCCGGGGCUGGUGGAGCUGCAGGAGAAGGUGGUGCAGGUCUCUGCAGGGGACAGUCACACGGCUGCGCUGACGGAGGACGGCAGGGUGUUUGUCUGGGGCUCCUUCCGGGAUAACAACGGGGUGAUCGGGUUGCUGGAGCCCAUGAAGACGAGCUCUUUUCCUGUGCAGCUCCAGCUCAGUGCACCCAUCGUUAAAAUUGUCUCAGGGAAUGACCACUUAGUGAUGCUGACGGUGGACGGUGACCUCUUCACGUGCGGCUGCGGCGAGCAGGGCCAGCUGGGGCGAGUGCCGGCGCUUUUGGCCAACCGAGGAGGAAGGAGAGGGCUCCAGCGCCUGCUGAUCCCCCAACGUGUCCGUGUCAGAGGGAAAGGCAACAAAGGCAAAAUGCGCUUCCAGGACGCCUUCUGCGGCGCUUAUUUCACCUUCGCCGUCACGGAGGAGGGACACAUCUAUGGGUUCGGGCUCUCCAACUACCACCAGCUGGGGACCCAGGGCACCGAGCCCUGCUUCUCCCCGCAGAACCUGACGUGCUUCAAGAACUCCACCAAGUCCUGGGUGGGGUUCUCUGGUGGGCAGCACCACACCGUGUGCGUCGACUCGGAGGGUAAAGCCUACAGCCUGGGCAGGGCUGAGUACGGCCGGCUGGGCCUGGGGGCAGGGGCAGAGGAGAAGAGCACACCCACCGUCAUCCCCGAGCUCCCCAACAUCUCCUCGGUUGCCUGCGGUGCGUCGGUCGGCUACGCCGUCAGCAGUGAUGGACGAGCAUUCGCCUGGGGCAUGGGCACCAACUACCAGCUGGGCACGGGGGAGGAGGACGACGUCUGGAGCCCCGUGGAGAUGACGGGGAAGCAGCUGGAGAACCGCACGGUCCUGGCCGUGUCCAGCGGUGGCCAACACACGGUGCUGCUGGUGAAGGACAAGGAGCAGAGUUGAUGAAGCCCACGGCUGCGCCCGGUGGGACCCACGCACACACCCCCCUCAACUAACACCUUCCACCUGGGGUCGGGCAACUGGUUUCCAGCUCUGGUGGCCCACCCACGGCGCUGGGGAGGGGGUAGAGGGGGGGUCCUGGAGCUGGACCCCCGCGGCAGCGUCGGGGUGGUUGGAGCAGGGCUCUUCAGGGAUGCUCACGAUUUCUCCCUGCGAGUGCCUGUGUCUUCCCGUGGUGGCUGGUGCCCUGUUGGCUCCCCCCCAGGUCAGUUUGGUCCUAAACUGAUCUCAGCGCUGCGGCUGGAUGGGUUUUUUCCUCUUCUUGUUUAGUUUUUCUUUUAAUAUUUCCCGGCAAAGCUGAGGGCCUUGUUCUUCUCUACACAAAGAAAAAAAGCUUUGGGGCAGCGGGCUUUCUGAAACCCCCGCGUUCCCCCAGUUUUUGGGUGCUCCCCACAUCCCCUUCACCUCAACAUCUUUUACCUCCGCCUCGGGUUUGCCUGCUGACACCCACCCAACCCCUCGGGGUGAGAUCUUGGGGACCUCUCUCCUGCACCCAUUGCUUGUGGCAGCCACGGGGAGAUGCUCCCAGGAGCCUGUGAGGGGGAAACGCGGCUCGAGGAUGCCCGUCCUGAGCUGUGGCUGCUGGAAAAUUGGGGGUUCCUGCCUCCCCCCUACAUCACCGUGUGUUUAUCUGAGCCAGAACCUCCCGGGUGGCACCACCAGGGGCAGGUUCCUCCACGUUCUCCUGCCUGGAGCAGCCACCUCCAGCGCUGAUUUUCUGCAGUCCCAGCCACUCACUCCUCAAAUUGCCUUCGGAAACUUGACGAAAUCCAUCUCAUGGGUGGGGACUGUGUUAUUUUCAUAUUUUUUUUCUCUUUCCUCUGCUGAGGAGAGGGCUUCAUUUGCUGUUAGGGCCUCGCUGAGAAGACAACCAAAGCCCAGCUCUGCGUGGGGUUGUUCCAAAGGAUGGGAUUCCCUCCCCAUCUUGCUCCCUGUGCCCGACCUGUCCCUUCUUCUCCGUCCUUCCAGGUGCCUGGACGGAGAAGGGGGGGUUG